AUAUAAAAGAAAUGGAUGUUCCAAAAUAUGAUGGAAAUAUUCAUCCGGAUGAGUGGAUAAAAGACCUUCAAAAAUAUGAUUAUUUUUGGCGUAAAAAAUACAAUUUAACAUGUUUAGAUAUGGCUAUCUCAUUAGUAGAUUCUACUAUCAAACUUCCAACUGGAAUUGAUACUUAUGAAAAACUUAGUAAAGCACUUAAAGAAGAUAUUUCUUUUACAGUAUUUAAAAAUACAAAUAAGAAAAUGUUACAAUUAUUGAAGUAUGUUCCCGAAAGUAGAAGUGAGUUAAUUGUAAAUGAAUCUGUUGUAGCUUUGAAACAUGUUGCUACGGGAAAAUAUUUAAGUUCAAUUGAAAAUUUGUGUUACAAAACUGGAAGCAAGACUCAAUUAGUUUUUGUAGAGAGUCCAGAACCUGGCCCAAAUUCUUUAUGGAAAAUUAAUUUUAAUGAUAAAGAGUUAGCUACUUAUGCUGGUACUUCUAUUGGGCUACAACACAUUAAAUCUAAUAAGUUUCUUGGAAUUUGUUACGAGGGUUAUCAAGGGAAUUUUAUUUAUGGUCUUUAUGGUUAUUACAAAUCUCCGCUGACUAAACAAACAUGGGUAUGGGAGAAACAUACAGAAGUAAGCUGUGGCGGAGAUGAAAAUAAAUGGAACUUCAAGCACAGUAAAUUAGAAAGUCAUCAGGGUUUUCUAAAAUCAAAUGAUAUUAUUAAUCUUAGCAUUAAGAAAAAGUAUGAUAGUAAUGGUGAUUCUACUUCAGACAGACAAGUUGAAUUUUUACGUAGUCAUGAUAUUCAAUUUACUAUUAGAGGUGAUACUUUUCAAGAAGUUUGUUGUCAUAAUGAGAUAUUAGGAGUAAAUGAUGAAUGGUGUAUUAAGCUUAUUAAGCAAUAUAAUUUGACAUUAGAUCAAAUUUGUUAAAUAGUUUUUGUUUGUCAAUUGUUAAAGAGAAUAUUUGUCUUUUAAAUUUAAUUAAAAUAAGUGCAAUAAUCAAAAG